AUGUUUGGAUUUAGAAAAGCAGCGCCAGCCCCAAAUCCUGCUCCUUCUGGUUCAGAUCCUGAACCGGAAAAGAAGACAAACCUUACUACAGACAGAAGAACUUCUUCAGAACCUGUCAUUGCACCAAAAUCCAAAGGAAGCUAUUUUGACGAUGAGGAUGACGACGACGAUUAUUGGGGGCGAAAGCCUACCACGACGGCAUCGUCGCGCACCUCGGCUGCUGCGAAAAACAAGUAUAAAAAUGAUUUUCGCGAUUCCGGAGGUCUAGAGAAUCAAAGUGUUCAGGAAUUGGAGGGCUAUGCAGUGUACAAAGCUGAAGAGACCACACAAAGUGUUAACAAUUUGGUGAAGAUUGCUGAGGACAUAAAGGGUGAUGCCACAAGGACCCUUGAUAUGUUGCACCAACAGGGUGAGCAAAUAACGAGAACUCACAAUAUGGUUGUUGAAACUGAAAGGGACUUGAGUCGGGGUGAAAAACUCCUAAACAAUCUUGGUGGCAUGUUCUCUAAACCUUGGAGGCCAAAGAAGACAAGGGAGAUUACAGGCCCUAAAAUCUCACUAGACAAUACAAAUAAAAAGGGCGAAGCGAAUAAGGAAGAGAGGGAGAAGUUGGGGUUAGGUCCUGGGCAAAAGGGACGUUCUGGCUCUAACACACCCCAUCCUGAACCAACCAAUGCCUACCAACAAAUAGAAAAUGAAAAAGCAAAACAAGACGAAGGACUAUCAGAUCUCAGUAAUAUCUUAGACGAUUUGAAGGGCAUGGCUGUUGAUAUGGGAAGUGAACUUGACAGGCAAAAUAAAGCUCUUGAUCAUCUAAGUGAUGAUGUGGAUGAGUUGAACUCUCGAGUUAAAGGUGCAAACCAACGUGCACGCAAGUUAUUAGCAAAGUGA